CGUGGCGUCUUGAUGAUUGACGUGCUGUGGUCUGACGACACUCAGGCGUGCGGCAUCGUGAGAAGUGGCUGCUGACCUUCAACCCUUCAGUGGAGUGAUCUUGAGAAGCAUUCCUCCUUCACCCUGCAUAUCUAACAAUGGACGGCCCCCCAGUGGAAGGCCUCGAGACGAACCUUGAGGAGCAGCUGAGGAUUCUCAUCGUGGGCGCCUCAGGUGGUGGAAAAAGUACGAUAGGAAACGUGCUGCUCGGCAAAGAGGCUUUUAAAGUGUCUCCAAGCCCUCACCAGAUGUCACCCACGACUGCUGAAGCUCAGCUUGGGGCAGGGGAACGAUGCGGGCAGCGACUGAUUGUGUUGGAUACCCCAGACCUGGCAGACUUUACAGAUGAAGUCCAAGCCCAAGAAGAACUGGAACGAUGGAAAGUAAAACUAUCACCAGAACCGCAUUUGAUCGUCUUUGUCAUUCGUCGCGACGUUUACGACAUCACUUCCGGCAUUAGACGUUACUUCCGCUUCAGAAAACUGUGGGGAGCUAACUCCAUACGCAGGCGCCUUGUCGUCGUAUUCACGUUCCCUGGAGAAGAUAUCGAUGAUGUCAGGUCAAAGAAUGAUGACAUUCAGUGCAUGCUGAGGGAAGCGGGAAAACGAUAUUUUGUUUUUAGCAAAACCGGCGAUGACAAAGACGAGGAAGAGCAUCUUGUUCAGCAAAUCUUUAAGACAGCAGAGCAGCUGAAGAAUGGAUGCACACUUCUAAUCAUUGGAAAGACCGGAAACGGAAAGAGUACAGUUGGGAACAUUCUGCUGGGAUCCGAUGUCUUUUGUGUGACUUCUGGACUGUCGUCAUCGACGAUGACCACACAGACAGCAACAUCUUGCAGAGAUGGCAUCAAGUUUACAAUUAUAGACACUCCCGAUGUCAGCAACAUGGACAUGAGUAACAUCGAGCAGGAAAUCAAGGAGUGGCAGAAUCUCAACCCUGAUGUAGUCUUGUUGGCCAUUCGUUGUGAUGUACGCUACACUGCCGAAGAGUUUGCCAUCUUGAAUGAGAUUCGCAAUGUCUGGGGAGGUAACUCACUGUUCUCGAGACUAGUGGUGGCCUUUACCUUUGGUGACCGGCUGGAUGGGGACAUCAAGGACGAGGUUAUAAAUGUAUGCAAAGAGCUUCAGACUGUUCUGAAAGACUGCGGUGAGCGAUAUGUUGUCUUCAACAGCCGUGGGACUGAUGAUGACAAGAAGAGACAGGUCCGGGAAGUCCGCAAACUCCUGGUGCAUUUAGAUGCUAAGAAAAUUGUCUUGCUCGGACGGUGCGGAAGCGGCAAAAGCGUGACAGGUGAUAUUAUUUUGGGCAAACAAGUUUUCCACUCUGAUGAGCCGACUCUAGCCACAAAGUACUACUUUGUAGACAUUGAUGGCCUACACUUACAGGUCUUUGACACACCAGGAUUCAGUGAUGACCUUGACCCAGCGGCCUUUGAGAGAGAAACUGAGGCAGUGCUUGGCCAUGACCCGACCAGGACCUCACGCAGUUCUGUACGUUGCAGGAAACUGGAUUCAGACAUAGUUCUGUACGACAACGCCUGAGAGAGAUGUUUUGGAAGUAUAAGUUUCAAGAACACUUCGUUCUUGUCGAAAAGGCCCUUCCUGGCAACCAAAACCACAGAAAGAGAAGAAGAAACGAGCGCUGCAGCAGCUCCAUCAUGGCACACGAUACGGAACUCAGCCUUGACCGGACGUUUAUUGAAUCUUUACGAAGAGAGCGGGGCAGCAAAAAGUUAUCAAGAGAGAAUGGAGAAGACUGCUGAAAAGAAUACUCAUGAUCAGUGUCUUAAUGUAGAGUUUCUGUUUGCUGAUGACAGUCAAAUGGUGGGAGCCUCUGUCAGAAAAGUA